CUCUGGCAGGUGUUGUGCGCUUUAAAACAACAGAAUGUGGUCAUUUUAUAGCACGAUAGGCAGGUAGCCGUAGAGCAUUAAGCUGUCUUUAGGUUAUUUUUUGUUUUGGUUUAUGCUUUUAUGUUUGUACCAUUUAAGUCACUGCGGUACCCCCAGAGGAGCGGCGUUGAAUGAGACCAACGUCGGGGUUCCCCCCUCUCUCUCUCAGCCAGACACUUUGUGUUUUACGACCAGCGGUGAAUUAGACAUCACGCAGCUUCAGAAAAAAGUCGGAAAAGCCCCUGCAUAUUGAAUAGAUUUCACCACCGGCCGAGUCCUGAAUGAGAGAGGAGCCCUUGCCGACCGCCGCCGUCAGGAUCCCCCCCAUCCCCGGAGCUGCCUCUGCUCUCCUUCGCCCGCCGGUGUUGGCACCAGAAAAUGAUAUGUUGAUGAUAUUUUCUGGAAGCGGUCGUGCCUUUUGUUUUCAUUUCGGGGGUUGCAAUAUGCGGAUCCACGGGGACGCCACGAAGCCCGGGCGAGCGGACGUUUUUGCUCUGCUUUGAAAAAUGAGGAAGCGAUUUCAUAAAGACCCAGAAAAUGACAGGAAGGUCUCGUCGUCCGUGGGCCCGGAUUUGAGCAAAAUGAGAAAGAAAGGGGCAAAUGCAACAGCAGCAACGACGGCAUGAAUAGUUUCUCACAGAAUGACACCGAGGGAGGUAAAACGGCGGAGGUAGACAAGACGCAGCAUCGAUGAAGGAGAUCUGGACAAGUUUUGAGUCGCUCAUAAUGAACAGAAACACUCUACAGCUUCGUGUCAGAUUGUUUUCACCAUACUGAAAGCUAUUUCCUUUCACCUUUGUUGGAGAUUUUUUAUAAUUCAUCACUCAUCUAUUUCUUUUUAUAUUGCAUGUAUUAUUUUUUUCUUUUAUAUUUUUGAUCCGGAACCAGCCCUGACUGUUCAAUGGAAGUAUGUUAUCAGUUACCGGUUUUGCCUUUAGACAGGCCGGUUCCCAAGCAUGUCCUCAGCCGGAGGGGAGCCAUUAGUUUCAGCUCCAGCUCUUCCCUUUUCGGGGCUCCUGAUCCAAGACAGCUGUCACAGAGACGAGGGGCCAUCUCCUAUGACAGCUCUGACCAGACAGCGCUGUACAUUCGUAUGCUAGGAGCUUGUGUAGUGUUCAAACAGCUGUUUCCAAGAGAUGUGAGAGUAAGAAGUCAGGUUGGAUUUGAACCGGAACGACGAAGCUCCCACCCGUACCUUUGCAUAGACUUCCGAACUCUUCACACACGGCUGAGCUGCGGGUCCGCGUCAGCCGACUCUGGCACUGAAAAGAGGGUACACAGGCUGCUCAGCUUCCAGAGAUACCUGCACUCGUCCCGCCUGCUGCGAGGAAUCCCACAGCAGAUCCCCCUCCACAUCCUCGAUGAAGACUACAGCGGACAGGCUAAAUGCAUGCUGGAAAAAGUUGGCAACUGGAAUUUUGACAUUUUCCUCUUUGAUAAGCUGACAAAUGGAAACAGUCUGAUCACCCUGACCCUCCACCUGCUGAACCAGUACGGCCUGGUGGACCUCUUCCAGCUGGAUAUGGUCAAACUCUGGAGGUUUCUGGUGCUGGUGCAGGAAGACUACCACAACGACAACCCAUAUCACAACUCCGUUCAUGCUGCAGAUGUUACACAAGCCAUGUACUGCUACCUGCAGGAGCCCAUGCUGUCAAAGUCUCUAACGUCUUACGACAUCCUGCUGGGACUCCUUGCUGCUGCCACACAUGACCUGGACCAUCCUGGGGUCAACCAGCCUUUUCUCAUCAAGACUGACCACUAUUUAGCCACACUCUAUAGAAAUACCUCAGUUCUUGAAAACCACCACUGGAAAUCAGCGGUGGGUCUCCUCAGAGAAACUGGACUGUUCUCUCAUCUGCCGGCUGAAGACAGCAUAAACAUGGAGAGGGAAUUAGGCUCUUUAAUUCUGGCAACAGACAUCAGCCGACAGAACGACUACCUGUCCAGGUUUCGCACGCAUCUGGACCAGGACAGCCUGUGCUUGAACACCGCCAGCCAUCGUCACUUUGUCCUGCAGAUGGCUCUGAAGUGUGCAGACAUCUGCAACCCCUGCAGACCCUGGGAGCUGAGCAAACAGUGGAGCGAGAAAGUGACAGAGGAGUUCUUCCAACAGGGAGACAUCGAGAAGAAACACAAACUUACAGUCAGCCCACUUUGUGACAGAGAGACGAAUACUGUUGGCAACAUCCAAAUAGGCUUUAUGACGUACGUGGCGGAGCCAUUGUUCGGAGAGUGGGCCCGUUUCUCCGACACGCGUCUGUCUCAGACCAUGCUGGGACACAUGGGGCUGAACAAGGCCAGCUGGGCCGGCCUGCAGCAGGAGCAAACCACUGCCGAGGAGGCGGAGCUGAGCGCGGCCGGCGCAGACGCGGGAGGAAGCCACUCCAAAGAAAUACCUCAGGGAAGCAGAGAAUACUGACACUCCUUGUUUGCCCUUUCACCUCAACCUCCUGAACCCUGGCCCCAGGGCCUCACCACACACUGAGGGCAAGUGGAGCUCCCACCGCUGGCCCGGCCUGAUUUGAACACCUUGUUGAUAUGUUGCUUUGCCUCCCAUCUCGAUAAACCACUGAUUUUUUUUAUUUUUUAUUAUUAUUAUUUAAUUUAUUUAAUUUCUCUUUUUGGCAUAGAGCAAUACAUAGAUACCUCAUUUGGCAACUGCUGUAUCUUCUUUUAUUUGCUUUGUUUUAUUUAUUUGGGGACUGUAUUCUAGGCAUUAUUGACUAAAUAUGCCACUUAUUUUGUAGUGAAACGUUGAGGGGAAAACAGUAUAAACUGAAAAAUAAUUGUUUUGGGUUUUUUUGAAGUGCCAUUUGAAAAGACCGAUAAAAAAAACCGAUUUGUCGGACAACUGGAGUAUUCAAAGACCCUCCUGAGACUUUUUGGGUAUGCCGUGUUGCAUUUGUACUGAUGAUUCUUCCUAAUGUAAAAACAAAGAAGAAAUGUGACAAGCCCAGUCCUUCUGCUGCCUCUGAGAAGACUGUUUACGCAUCUCCAUGUUCGUUGUACUUUUUCCCCUUGAACUGAAGUGACUCCCGUCGGCUCCACAGUUUGCCUUUGAAGCACAGACGUACAGAAGACAAGAAUCGCUCGUUUGAACUGUCGUCCUACUGUUGAAGCCAUGAGCUGAACUUUAUUCAAAACUAACCAGAUGCCAUAUUAACUCCACCUGUGCUACCUUGUGUUCCUGCACUCCGUAUGGUCUCCCUGGCCAGGGAAGGUCCCGAUCAUGUUCAUCAUCCCAGUCCUAAUUGACCAGAGUGGUCAGACUCUCCUAGAUCUCACCUGGAUCUCCACUUCAUGCAACUCCACUCGCUCAGGGUUUUACCAGUCUUUUAUUUUAUCCAGCGAACGAGGGGGGGAAGGAGGAGGCUACAGACGAUGCAGGUUGCUUUUUUUUCCCGUUGUUGGCUUGGCUAAAUGGAAGGAGACUCCCUCUGUGCAGAAUGUCUCUCACAGCUACAUGAAACCUAACAAACUGCUCGAUUGAUGCCUUAUAACUAUGCACAACUACGCUAAGUGACCAAACCAACUCCUGUUCCCAUUAAGUGCAUAGUGUGCUUGUUUUUGAAUGCACUGUCCAACCCCUUUGCCUUUUCUGUUGUGAGGGACAACUCCAGCUCUUUUUUUUAUUUCUUCCUUUUCGUACAAACACAGUCGAGUGAAUCCAAACAUUCCAUUCCUUUUUGUUUGUUUGUUUUGGCUCUGUACAGUGGCACAGGUCGUGUUUGUGUUGAAACGUUUGGAACGAUAACAGGUGCUGUUUCUUACUUUAGCUGAUUUGUAUUUUGCUGUAAAGUGCUGUAAGACUGUUGACACAACUGUUUACAAUUUGUUGCGACAGCCAUUUUUCGGAAGACUUCAGUGUCGAGCCAGAUUUUUGUAAAGGCUUUGCUGUAUUGACCUUUUUGAUACAUGCCUGUUGCAGUUACGAUUUGAAUAAUAAAACCUGUUGGUAAAUUU